UGUUUGAGUCAUCACUACAUUUGAAUGACAACAACAUCGACAACAACGACAACAACAUUGAAGUAGUGAUCAGUUUAUGAUAUGAUAUGAUAUGAUAUAUCAGUGAUUUAUAUAAUGUAUUAAUUGAAUCAAAAGUAUGGAUCAACUGCUGCUGAAGAUUGUCCGAUAUGUUGUCGCCAUCGAAGAAGAAUAAGAUAUUUAAGAAGAAAUCAGAUGAAAAAGUGAUGCUUUCAAACAGUGGCCAAUCAGUUGAUAAUUAUUCAUCGUUUGAUACCCUAAGAAGUCAAUCGACUGGUGGCGGAUCAGCUUCGGCUGCCGCGGCUGUCAUUGAUGUCAAUGAUGAAGAUAUUAUAGAUAUUAAAUCCGGUCGUUCAAUGAUGUCCUCGUCCGCCGCCGCAAUCAACGGUAGCGGCGGCGGCGGCGGCGGUACCGCCGGUUUAGCCGAUAAUAGAGGCGGUGCAAUGUCUAGUACUACUACUCCUCCACUACCACUACCACCACCACCACAACCUGCAUGUGUUGCUAAUACAAGUGCUGAUACUACUACUACUACCAGUGCUUCCACGGGCCUAUUGAUUGAGUUAGACAAUACCGAAAGUGUUAACCAAAGUACUACCUCUUGUAGUGACAGUGAUCGCGAUACUAGUGAUGGCCACUACCAACACAUACAGAAGCCGACAACCAUUGGAUCAACAACAACAACCAAUAAUUAUGCUAACAGUGCCACAAACAUAUCUACCAUUACAGCAUCAUCAUCAUCUAAUUCAUCAUCAGCAUCAUCAUUUACUGAAUUUGAUAAAUUUAUUAAAUACUCAAACAAUAAUUACAAUAAUAAUAAUAAUAAUAAUAAUAGCAGUCCUACCAGAGAAUUGGACGGCGAAUUACCGCACAUCCAGAGCCACUACGAAGACUUUCAUACCAUCGACUGGCAGAGGGAUAUAGCCAGAGAUCGUAUGCGCCAUCGGUUUAUUGUCAAACGUAAGCACAACUCGAUUGUUGAACUAUUGAAAUCAACGCACGACGCCUGGAGCGGCUGGCUAUGCGUACUGUUGGUGGGUAUAUCGGCCGGUGCUGUAGCCGGUGUCAUCGAUAUCGGUGCCGGCUGGAUGAAAGAUCUUAAGGACGGCCUAUGUCCGGCAGCUUUCUAUUUGAAUCGGGAACAGUGCUGCUGGUCAUCGAAUGAUACCGAAUUUGAAGAAACUCUAUGGACGGAUCACUGCGACCAAUGGAAAACAUGGCCCGAACUGUUGGGCCUGAAUGAAAAGUCGGCCGUUGUCGGCUCGUUUAUAGUUGCCUACUUUUUCUACAUACUAUGGUCACUGUUUUUUGUCAGUCUAGCCGCCCUGUUUGUCCGUACGUUUGCACCCUAUGCUUGCGGUUCGGGUAUACCCGAAAUCAAGACCAUACUGUCCGGAUUUAUCAUACGCGGCUAUCUGGGCAAAUGGACACUGACUAUCAAGUCAUUGGGUAUGAUGUUAACAGUAGCUGCCGGCCUAUCACUGGGUAAAGAAGGUCCACUAGUUCACUGCGCCUGUUGUAUUGGCAACAUAUUCAGCUAUCUGUUCCCCAAAUACGGUAAAAACGAGGCUAAAAAACGCGAAAUACUAUCGGCCGCUUCGGCUGCCGGCGUCUCAGUAGCUUUCGGUGCGCCCAUCGGCGGCGUACUAUUUUCGCUCGAAGAAGUGUCCUAUUAUUUUCCACUGAAAACACUGUGGCGUAGUUUUUUCUGUGCACUAGUGGCCGCUUUUGUCCUCCGAUCGAUCAAUCCGUUCGGUAACGAACAUUUGGUAAUGUUCUACAUUGACUAUACCCGGCCGUGGAUCCUAUUCGAAUUGGUACCGUUUGUAAUGCUCGGCGUAUUCGGCGGCCUAAUCGGCAACAUAUUUAUCAAAGCUAAUCUCCGAUGGUGUCAACAUCGCAAAUACUCCCGAUUGGGUCAGUACCCGAUUACCGAAGUACUGGUCAUUACGUUGAUUACGUCGGUACUGGCAUUUCCCAACAAAUUUACGCGAAUGAAUUCAUCGGAUUUGAUCAAAUUGUUGUUUACGCCGUGCGGUAUAGCCGACGAAAUCCCGCUGUGCGACUAUCCGCGUAACUUUACCAACGUUAACGAACACAUACAGAUUGCCAAUGCCGGUCCCGGUGUCUACCAGUCCCUGGGCUUACUGAUACUGGCCUUGAUAUUCAAAUUGGUUAUUACAAUAUUUACGUUCGGUAUCAAAGUACCGGCCGGCCUAUUCAUACCGUCGCUGGCUAUGGGUGCCAUUAUCGGUCGGGUAGUAGGCGUUACUAUGGAACAGAUUGCCUACAACUAUCCGAAAUGGUGGGUAUUUCAAGAUGCCUGUUCCAAUUCGGGCGAAUCGUGUAUGAGUCCUGGGCUGUACGCUGUAGUGGGUGCGGCUGCCGUUUUGGGCGGCGUUACUCGUAUGACCGUAUCGCUGGUAGUCAUAAUGUUCGAACUGACCGGUUCGGUCAACUUUAUUGUACCGCUAAUGACCGCUAUUAUGGCUGCCAAAUGGGUGGGCGAUGCACUCGGCAAAAAAGGUGUAUACGAUGCCCACAUCGAACUCAAUGGCUAUCCGUUUCUCGAUAAUAAAGAAGAAUUCCCGCAUACGACCAUCGCUGCCGAUGCUAUGCGACCGAAACGUAGCGAACCGCCGUUGGCCGUACUAACCCAGGAUACGAUGACUGUCGACGAUAUUGAUUGCCUACUGAAAAGUACAACACAUAAUGGGUUUCCCGUAGUAGUAUCGCGUGAAUCGCAAUAUCUGGUCGGAUUUGUUACCCGCAAAGAUCUUGGCCUGGCCCUGACCAAUGCCAAGCGUACGUCCGAAGUAUUCGAAAAUUCGUUGGUACUGUUUCACGGCGGCCACGUAUCGACCAAUCCAGCACCGCAUGCACCCGAGCCAAUCAAAUUGCGUCGAGUGGUCGACCUGGCACCGGUAACCAUUACCGAUCAGACACCCAUGGAAACUGUGAUCGAUAUGUUUCGCAAACUAGGACUACGGCAAGUGCUGGUCACGCAUAACGGUCGAUUGUUGGGCAUAAUCACCAAAAAAGAUAUAUUAUUACAUCUGAAAGAGUUUGAAGAUUUAGAUCCCGAGUCGGUAUUGUUUCGAUGAAUUGAUUGAUUGAUUGAUUGAUUAGUUUUUUAGAAAAACAAAAUUGAAAAACAAAAUUAACUGAAUUUUUUAUUUUUUAUUUAUUUGUCUAAAUAUA